AUAGAUAGAGACACAGCCCGUCACCCACAGUGCGUGUAUCGUAUUGUAUUGUAUGUGCGUCUGAACAUCAGCCUCCGUGCUGUUGUGUGUGAGAGCCGCGAUCGGAUCAUCAUCUGCCUGCUGCUGAUCCAUCGAAGCAAUAAUAUUAAUAAUAAUAUUUGGAACAUCAAACCCUAACCCUAACAAUCAUAGCAUUCUCCGUUUAUUACUUGUUCCACUAUCAAUUCCAUAUUUUAUCACCUAAUUUUUGAUCGCGUUUUCGUGCUUUGAUCUUAUAGUUACGCUAUCUCCGAUCAGGUUAUCGACUUAGAAACCCUAAUUUGCUUGAAACAGAUUGAAUUUGAGUCUGAUACAUCAAUUUAUUCGAAUAAAACCCUAUGGCUGCCACAAACGUUCAAUCUGGUGACGUUAGCCCUAAUUUUCAGCCAGCGGUUACGUCGGUUACGUCGCCGUGGAGUCAGGUUGUUCGCGGUGGCGCCGGUGAGUCAGAAUCGGUUUCUCCGGUGACGGUUACGUCGCCGGUGAGGGAACGUGGUGGUGAUGGUUGUGCCGAUUGGUCGCCGUCUAAGGUGGUGGUGGAGGUGAGUUCUGGUGAGGAUUUGGGGACAGAUGGUCAGGUUGAUGGUUUUAAGAAGCCUGUGUGGAAUAAUAGGUUUUCUAAUGGAGUUGUGGAGGUGGUUAGUCCGGUUAUGGGUGCGGCUUGGCCUGCGCUCGGUGAGUCGACUAAACCGACGCUUAAGUCGUCUUCUUCCGAGUCGUUAAAAGCGCUUUCUGAUGGUUCAUUGCCCCCUGCAUUACAGGUUACAGGGAGUUCUUCUCCGUCACAUAAACAGGCAAAUGCAAAUAGUUUGAAUCCUACUUCAACUCCAAACCAUGUGGCACCAUCAAGGCAGAGGUCUAUGAAGCGCAGUGGCGGUAAUUCUAGUGCAAACGUAUCGGCUAACGGGGUGGUUGAUCAGCCGGUGCCUCCAACCAGCCAGGAUUCAGUAGUUGAACCGCCGGUUAAUACGUCUGGGAAGCCGGGAAAUGCUGGUGAACAGCCUUCUCCGAGAGACCAUGCGCAUAAAGAGUCACAAAAAGGAGGGUUUGGGUCACAAUCUCACAGUGGUGAUGACCACCAUCGUCCAAGGGGUUCGUAUAGAAGAGGGAAUGGCGGUUCUUAUCAUCAUAACUAUGGAGGGAAACGUGAUCAUGAUCGUGGGAACUCGGAAUGGAAUCAACACAGUAGAAGCUUUAAUAACAGAGAUGCACAUUUGCAACCUCAGAGAGGUUUCUCGAGGGGUUAUAUACGACCCUCUGUACAUACUUCUGCACCAUUUAUUCCUCCACCAAUGCAUGUGCCGGUACCACCUUUUGGCAACAACAUGAUGUACCCUGACGUGGCAUCUUCUCUAAUGUAUGUUCCUCCACAAGCAAUGCCUUUUGGUGCACCAAUACAGCCUCAAGUGUACUAUGCUGGCCAUGAUCCUCUGUUGUAUGCUAAUAUAGUGAACCAAAUUGAUUUCUAUUUCAGUAAUGAGAACUUGGUCAGAGAUACCUACUUGAGGCGGAACAUGGAUGAACAGGGUUGGGUUUCUGUUGGCUUAAUAGCUGGUUUCAAAAAAGUUUCGUAUUUGACGGAUAAUGUCCAGCUAAUUUUAGAUGCUAUGCGAACUUCAACUGUUGUGGAAGUGCAGGGUGACAAAAUACGGAGGCGAAAUGAUUGGAUGAAAUGGAUAAUGCCUGCACCUGGUCAAUACUCAAUUCCAUCAAGCCCUCAGACCAAUCACGAAGCGUUGGUGUCACAGGUUCAGGGUCUUGCACUGCACUCGCCAACUUCAACAAAUCAGGCUCAUACCGUUGAUACUUACCUUAGCAGGUCAAGUUCUGAGGAUUUCACUGGAGGCGAGAACGCUAGUCAACAGGCUCGUUUUGACAAUGCAACUGCGGCUUGAAGAGUUUAUUAACUGAAACUCAUGUUUUGAGAAGAGCGGACCUCAAUUAUGAUGAUAUGGGCUAUAAUUAUCUUUAGCUCCCAUGGAAAUGAUGUUUUGAGAGGCACAUGGACGGACCAAAAAAAAAAAAAACUUAAAAACUUGAAAACCAAAAAAAAAUGAAAAAAAGGGAAAGACUCUAAUAAUGACCGAAAGGAACACCAAAAGGAUAGAAUUAUUAUGACAGUAGUAAGUAUGGGUUUGUUGGAUUUAAAGUUAUACUUUAAUGCUUUAAAAUUAUCUGUCCAUUAUGGUUGUUGGUUUGUGUUGACUUGAUGAUGGUCCUGGGGGAGAAUUUUGUGGUUUACUACUCCCCCAACACUCCUGCUAAGUGAGAUCUGAUCGAAUGAAAUGGAUACUUGAUUGUGUGCUU